AUGGUAAAUGCUAUUAGGAAAUCAACAAAUAAAGCAACGAUUACAAAAAAUUUAGAUAUAUUUAGAUGUAAUGGUUAUGGUAGCGGUUAUGGCUAUGACAAUGAUAACGGUAUUGGCCAUAGCAGUGGUAAUGGCAAAUGUAAUGGCAGUGGUAAUGAUAGUCGUAAUGGUUCUGGUAACGGUAAUGGUUGUGGUAAUGCUAAAUGCAAUGGCAACGGUAAUGUUGGCGUUAAUGACAAUUGCAUUGGUUAUGGUAAUAGUAAUGGUGAUGGUGAUAAUAGUGUUAAUGGUAAUGGUAACGAUAAUAGUAAUGAUAAUAGCAAUGUACAUGUAAUGGUAAUGAUAACGGUAAUGCUCAUUUGCAACUUGAGAAAUGUAGGCCACAUACAGUACAGCACAAAAAUACAGCUAAUAGGCGAAAUAAAGCGCCACUACCUCUACUCUACCUUUCGCGCCUUCGCCAUUUAUGAAUAUAAAGUACGCGCAUACUUUUAUGAACGUGAUGAUAAUCAUGCGCUUCUUGUGGCUUCCCAUAAAAAGAUCCUGCGCAAAGUGGCAGUAGUUGUGUACACCGCCUUGGAUUAUAACUUGGCAGUGGAUGAACAGUGUCAAAUGUCACAUGAAUUAGAAGAACUGAUCACCUACAUGACAGCGGAAGAAAACGAUGAUGACUGUAUCGAUGAGGGCAUUGAUGAGGGCCACCAACGUUGGGAUGACGACGGCGAUGAUGAGAAAUGGAAUGAAACCAAAGAAUUUGAUUUUGUGCUUGAGGCCUGCAAAAAUCAUGUUAAACCCACUGUACCUGAAGACCAUUAUAAGGCAGUUUGCCGCGCGCUUGUGACUGAAGCAAUUGAGUUGCGAAUAUUUCUGCAGCAGGUCUUAAAUGACGGUGCCGACAAUCUCCAUCUAGAAGUUGAUUCACAAACAUCCAAACAAGAGUUGGCCAAAUUAGGCUUCAACGAUUGGGCACGUUUCUGGGUCCAAGUGAUCGAUGAGCUGCGACGUGGCGUUCGUCUGAAGAAGAACAACUACUCACGCACACCGAUAGAGUACGAGUUGACUCCCUAUGAGAUUCUUAUGGAGGACAUUCGUUCUAAAAAGUACCAACUGCGCAAGGUAAUGGUGAAUGGCGAUAUUCCGCCGCGUGUGAAGAAAGAUGCCCACGCUUUGAUAUUGGAGUUCAUUAGGUCACGGCCGCCACUCAAAAAGGCAUCCGAACGUAAACUUCCGCCACCCAUCAAACGCACACCAUCGCCACGCGAACAACUCAUGGACUCGAUACGAAAAGGACAAACACUGAAGCACAUACAACCGCCAACAACUCCACGACUCAAGGAUCGAUUGCUCCCACCAACCACAACGCUAAUGGCGACAACAACACCAGCAAUAACAACAGCAACACUAAUCAAUUCAUCGUCAGCAACAUCAAAAGCAACAACAACAACAGCGCCAAUGCAACAUGCAACAGUUAAUGCGCUGAAAAUGACAGAGAACGUGGAGCCGCACACAACGCCGCGCUCCAAGCAGCGGCUAAUCAAAGUGGAUUUCUCGCUAUUGCAGGAUGAUGACAAUUUCUUUGAUGAACCAACGUCAACUGUCAGAUAUGGCAACUGCAACACGGCGCACGUCGGUGUUUGCUCGCAGCCACAAAUGCCUCCCUAUCCGAUUAGCGGCUAUAUGACAAUGAGCAGCGGUUAUGGUGCGGCCGCCAGCAGUGGUGGUGUGACCAAUCCAAAUAUGAAAAGCCAUGCGGCCACAACACAAUUGCCGUCAGCGUUGACAACGCGGGUGCUACGCCGAACAACUUAUGACCUCGCCACCCAAUGCGAAUCACGACGCGCCUCUCUACGCCGCCAUACCAUUGUCGGCUGUCAGAGCAAUUUCGAUGAGACUCACUCGAUGCCGCCACCGAGACCCGCAUCGCGACAGUCAGAAGUGAGUUCUGUUGUUGGACCAGGUGGCUGUGCUGAAGCGGCGGUUACAGGCACAACUAAACAGCUACACAACAACUAUAAUCAAAACAAACAACAACAGCAAUUGAAACGUUCUCAAAGCCCCAACACAGCCGCUCAGAGCAUGAGUGCCAGUGUAUGCAGCGGUGAGAGCAGCAAUUGUAGCCGUUCGUUAUCCUCGGUUGGCCCAUGGAGCAAGUCCUUUCUGGAUGAGGAAACCUGGCUCGAACGCGGUGACGAUCGCCUCUCGUUGACACUGGAGGAGAUAGUACAUAUACGUUCGGUAAUGACGAAGGCAGAAUUAGAAGGACUGCCUGUGGGUGUGCGUGUCAAGGAGGAUGUCGAAAAGCGCAAAGUUUGCUUCCUAUGCCUGCGUACACGUUUCUCUAUUUUUGGACCGUGGGGCAUACAAUGCAAAUUGUGUCAGCGCACUGUCUGCUCCAAAUGCUACACCAAGAUGAGAAUACCAACGGAGCACUUCCGCAAUGUACCGCUGGUGCCGAUUUCACCAUCACUGCUCGCCAGUCCGGCUGGCUCCAGCACGCCAUCACCAUCACAUCACGCUCACCACACGCACUCAUCCUCGACAGGUAACAUAUUGGACGAGACGUUUCCCAAAUCGUUAAUUGAGCGUUUGUUACGUUCCGAGUCAGAGCGCAAGACUCGCAACACGGUGGGUAGCGCUCCGUCAUCGCCCAAACACCAAAGAUCUAAUAUGAGUACACCCGGCACAACCCACAUUGUGACCACCACCCGAACGGGUGGCACCUGUGUGACCGGACAAGCCGUUGAGGCUGACGAUGCUUCCGUGAUGACGUCUUCUUACAACAGCAAUAUAUCAAAUGGCGGCCAUAUCAAUAUGCACGCCAGCACCAAUAAGCAUAUUAACAUUAUGUCACGCAGCAUGGAGGGGCCGCGUAGUUUGCCGGCGAAUAGCCCUGCACGCGCGCAUUCAAACAGCAGCACCUUAGAUCGGAAAACCAAAUUUUCGCGCGCCUUCAUGCUAUCCGCUUCCGGCAGCCAACUAAGUCAGGAGCAAAAGGAGAAUAUGCGCGGUGAGCUAGUCACCGUUUGCAAUGACUGCAAGGGACUCGUUAUGGAAAUUACACGCUCCUCCAAGCAAACACGCUCCUCAGCGCGCAAUCGUGCUUUGCAAAAUCUUUCGCUCGACCUUUCGCCGGUUUACAAGUGAAAGGGUGACAUUGGUAGACCCAAAGGAGAAAAGUCAGCGAAUGCGAAUAUUGGAAGCGACAAAUGUUAACGCAAUGCUUGCGCGUUUGGAAAAUGACAGUGCCCGCUGUAGAGAGUGUUGAAAUGUGUGCUGCUACCGAGGUAGACCGUUGGCCUGAAAUAAACUUACUUCUGCACUUCCAGCUCACUCUUCCACUGAUGAGCAUACUUUUACAUAGACAUACGAGCACAGUUUGAACCAAGGCACUUGUCGUCGAGUCGCUGAAAAGUGUGCACCACUAUUUGUAAAUAAACAACAACUAAUCUCAUAAAUUGAAAUGUUAGAAUUUCGUUUUUAAACAAACAAAAAUCUGAAGGAAACCCCAAGUGUUGAAACGAACCCUGCUGUUUAUAUCGAAAAUUCACUAACUAUAAUUAUUAAGUUCCAAGAAUGCACCCACCAUUAUAUUAAAAAAAAAAAAAGUUAUGUACGCUGUGAGGCAGCUUAGAACUACACAAAAGCCACAGCUCGUUGUGCUUUAGAGAGCCUGAGGCUGAGAUAGGAAAAGCAAAUCGAUUUCGUGCAUAGUUAUGCAAGAGUUUAGUUUCCUUCAUUUUUAGUAUUUGAGUAUUAACUAUUUGAAACGAAAAUUUAUCGUAGUUAUGCUUUAAAGUUUGAUAUAAGCAACCGAUUUUCUUUUAGUCCAUUUUAUUUAUGCAUUCGAGCUAUACUCCGAAAGAAGAGUUUUCUUAUAAAUUAUUUUAUUUUAUGUAGUUCAAGCGCGGCGCUGCUAGAAUGUUCUUUUUUCAUUUAAAUUUCAAAUUCCGGUUAUUUUUUUUUAUAAUUUUUGUGACUUCGAAAGAGUAUUUUUUUUCUCACUCUUUACUACUAUUUUACGCGCGAUUUGCAUGGCCGCUAAACAUGAUUGGUUUCGUAAGAAUUGUACAAAGAGAAAUAAUUAAUA